GGGACCUCACGUUCUGCGUUUUUAGCAUGCGUUGCGUGAUUUUGCGUGUAUUUUUUAGUUUUCAAAAUGAAUUAAUACCCGUUUAGUGUUCAGGAUUAAUGGAUUAUAAAGUCUGACCAAGGCAUGUAGGAUGCGUUCGUGGACUAAGGUAGUGGUGGCCCGGCUGUUGGCCAUGGCAGGGCUUCGCCCCGCUCGCCCCACGACUCUGCCACCUCUGCCUCCUCCACUGCCCCUGCCCAGGGUCGACUCCCCAUUGGACACUGACAGUGAUAUUGACGAGAGCGAGAUUCGCAGACAGCUGUUGAACGAUAAAUGGAGGCAGCUGUUCGAUAAGUAUGAUCCCGAGGGGUUCGGCGAGAUCCCGUGGGAUGACUUCGUGGAGGUCUUGAGGACUCCAGAGUUUGUGGAGGAGGUGACGCCCAACAAGCGGGAUAUCCUGCAGGAGCGAGCCCAGGACCGCAGGACUUCCGCCAUCACCUUCCAGGACUUUGUCAAUGUGAUGAGUGGUAAACGGACCCGCAGCUUUAAGUGUGCGGUCCACCACAGAGACGGCGAGGUGAGCAGCGAGAACGACUUCCACGUGCUGUUGGAGGAACCUCCGCUGUUCCGCAGGAUGGUACAAAUCAUCGCAGAUGAGUUCCUCACCGAGGAAAGAGAUAGGAAAUACUACGCGGACAACUACAAGUGUUACCCCCCGCCGUUCUUCAUUUUAUUCAUUACUGUUGUGGAGUUGGGGUUCUUCACUUACUACACAAUUGCCAAUGGAGAGAUCAACCCCAGUGGCCCUGUUCCAAUAGACAGUAUCUUCAUAUACAGACCAGACAAGCGGUUAGAACUCUGGAGGUUCUUCUUCUACAUGGUGCUGCAUGCUGGUUGGCUGCACCUGCUUUUCAACCUGUUGGUUCAAGUGUUGGUAGGCCUACCUCUAGAGAUGGUCCAUGGGUCACUGAGGAUAGGCACUGUCUACAUGGCCGGUGUACUAGCAGGUUCACUCGGAACGUCGGUGUUUGACACAGACGUUUAUCUGGUGGGAGCGUCGGGAGGAGUUUAUGCCCUUUUAGCAGCUCAUCUUGCCAAUGUCUUGCUGAAUUACAGCAACAUGGAGUUUGGCACUGUUCGUCUGGUUGGCAUUUUCAUUGUUGCCAGCGCAGAUGUUGGGUUCGCAGUUUACGACCGUUACGCCGCUGAAACCCUCGGUCCACCAGUCAGCUACGUGGCACAUCUCACUGGAGCAGUAGCGGGUCUGACCAUCGGACUGAUUGUUCUCAAAAACUUUGAGCAGAAACUCCACGAACAGUUGAUCUGGUGGGUGUCGCUGGGAGUUUACGCGGCUUGCACCAUCUUCGCGAUAAUCUUCAACCUGUGCACGGAUGCUUACGACCCGUGAUAUCACGCCUACUAUGUCAAUUUGGCAUAGUAGAGAAAUGUGAGAAACUUUUAAAAAACGUGUUAUGUUUCAUGAAACGACAGUGAGAAAUGAACAAUGCAUUCGAUGUGUAAGUGAAAACAAGCGAUGUAAUUGGUGAAGAAGCAACUUCACUGAACAAUUUGUGUUUAGAGGUGCAGUCAUUUGUGGUACAACUUCUCAAAAAUGAAUCAUCAUCAUCGUCUUUAUAUUUGAUCGUACAAAGCCUUAUACUUAAAUGAUCCUGGUUACUAGUGGACUGUGGAUUCGGAUCAACCCAGGAUUGUUCAAGCAGUGAAACUGCACUCUAUAAACGUAUUGAACGAUGCAAUCUUUUGGUUGUUCUCCUUCCUGUAUUUAAAAAGCCUGAAAUCGAAAAUAAAGAAACGACAGUGAGUUUGACCACAAAAUCACUGUGAUCCUCUGAAAUUGUUGUGUUGUGAGAUAAUAUCACAGUGACAUAACACAGUUGUGUCCGUGUGAUAUUUGAUUUGUACAAGUGUAAAGAAUGUUUAUAAUAAGUUGUUUAGAUUUUGUUUUUGUAUGAUAUGUUAAAGUCGAUCAUUGACAGUUGAAAAAUCAAUCCUGUGGAUUACGGUAAUCGAAAAUAUGCUUUUGAAUCCUAUGAUUAAAAAUCAACGAUACAUAUAAAUUCAAAAAGGUACCUAUCAGAGAAUCAAUGUGCCGUUCACAGUCCCUGUUUUAUUAAUUGCUAAUUUGGUUUAACACAAAUAGGAAUGGCAUAUCUUUGAACUUUUCUUACUCGAUCAUGUUAUUUGAAAACAUCACUUUCUAUCAUUACUAUUUUUCUUCUUUGUUAACCCUGUCUUUUUAUAGAUUUAUUUUGUAAAUAUUUAUUAUUAGAGAUACCAAAGAACAAUGUAAAGAUAAAAUAAUGUUAUUUGCAUUUUGACUACCAGUAUGUUUUAUAUGACAGCAUAGAAUAGAUUUUUCACUUUUGUAAUAUUGCUAACUUAGGAAAAACCUUUUAUAUGUAACACAAUAGAAUAGGUAUUGUAAUUAAUCAUAGUAAACUGUUAACAAUUAUCUAGGUAAAACUGGUUGUAAAAAGGUUUUACUAGAUAUCAUAAAACACGACAUUUGUAAUGUCGGUUUGAAAUAUAAGCGACUGAAAAACCUUCAUUUAACAAUUGGAUUUUUUGUAAACGUAAUCAAGAACUUGUAUAAAAAGUAUUAAUAGUAGCUAAACAAACAAAACAUCAUGGAAAUCCAACAACAGAACAAUUCCGUUUGAUUUUAAGUGAUCUUUGAAGCUAGUCAUCUUUUCAUUUUUGCAUUUGUAUUUAAGAGGUUUAUUGAUGUAUAUAUUAACUAGUGUUAUACUCAGUUAGGAUAUUAGACAUUAUGUUAUUAAUAGUUAAAAUCACAAAAAAUUCCAAAAAGUAUCAUGCUAAGGAUACUUACUCUGUUUUAGACGAUUUUAUUAAUUUCAUUUCAGAACUUUACAAGACAUAACUUAAUAGUUCCUAUUAUAUAAAGUAGUAUAAAGUAUUCAUUACUUUUGUUUGUCCUUAUGUAACUAUACUGCAUUUGUUAAAAGAAUAUUUUGUCUUAGAAAGCUAAUUUUUGUUGCACAGAUUUUAAUUUGAUUUCAAUUACAGUAGACUAAUAUUAAUCAAAAAUCUCUUUGGUGAAACGGUUUAUAUCACUGUAACUAGUUCAAUUUAUAAAAAAAAAAAAAAUUUUAUUUGCAUAUCCCAUAAGAUUUUUUUAAAAGGAUUCAAAUUUUAAUUCUGCAUCAUUGACCUGCGCCUCAACAUUGUUAUGCCUGUCAAAAUUUGACAUAAUUAUUUAAUAAUUCACAGAUAGGCUUCCGUGCUGGAGAUUAACAAAUAUGGGGAAUCAAUUAAGACAGCAAUACACACACCAAGGUGCAUAUCUGAAAUGUUUGUUUCAAAGUCAGUUAAAAUGAACAGUAGUAUAUGCUAGAAAUGGUCCUUGGAUGACAUUUUGAUUAACGUAGUUCUACUGAAUGAAAUCACAAACCAGUAAAAUGUCUUAUUACAUCACAAACAAUACAUCAAUGAAUUUAGUUCAGCAACAUUCAAGUGAAAAAAAGAUUAAUUAUUCAUUUGUUAUCAUUAUUUUGUUUUUGUAUGCACAGAUAUAUUUGAAAAUUUUAUUUAGAAUAAGAAUUACCUUCAAGUAUUGUCUCAAAUCAAAGUAGAUUUAAUUAAAUAACUUAUUAACCACUUAAGGCAAUAAGACUGGUAUGUUCUUCAAUCGAGUGUUUAUGUUUAAAUGGAUAAAAAUACUUUAUAGUUUCAAUAACCUAUAUAUUAUAAAAAUAAUUCCUAACAUGAUAUUUUGUUGUUUUAUGUUUUUUACAAAUAUCAUUGUUGGGUAAAUGAAAAUGUUCCACUUUUCUACCUCACUGAAUUGUAUGC